AACAAAGGGCCUUGGCAUUUUCACCCAAAAGCCCAACAACCUUUUGUGAGCACUGUAUACUUUGUAAAACGGUACAAAUCAACAUUAUACUUUCUGAACCGUUUCGGGGCCUCCUCCCAUCUCGCUGUCACGUGACCGCAGGGAACCCAGGGCAGUGGUGAAACGAGACACGAAAGGAGGUCGGGGUGAAUCCGUCGGGAUUAGCCACGGGGUCAGCGUAGUUCGCACCUGGAGCAGAUGGAUGGCCACCCACUGCAAACACCGACACACCUACAGUUCACUUUAGGAACUCGACAAGCAUCCCUCACCAAUGGCGUCCGCCACGGAAGAGUUGACCUGCUCUGUCUGCAAAGAUAACUUCAGCCAGUGCCACCCGCUCCCCUGCGGUCACAGCUUCUGUCCUGCCUGCGUCCACGAGGCCUGGACCAGCCACGGUGAGGGCAAAGGUCAUUUCACCUGCCCUCAGUGCGUGGAGGAGCACGGCGAAGUGCUGUGCGACUGCUGCUCCCCGGAAGCGGACGAAGGGCUGGUGCACUUGGCUGUCAAAACGUGCCUGCGAUGCGAAGUGUCCCUAUGUGCGGACCACCUCCGGCACCACCUGGAAAGACCCGCGUUUAGCACCCACUUGUUGGUGAAUCCGCUGGGACAACUGUCUCAGCGAAAGUGUCCCGCGCACAUGGAGCUAUUGCGCUACUACUGCGCAGACGAGAGAGUUUACGUGUGCUGCGACUGUCUGCUGGAGGGGGGCCACGUCCAGCAUAACAUCAAGGGCCUGAGACAGGUGGAAGAGGAUCUGAAGGUGAUUCUCCAGACGCUGCUCGGAAAGUCCGAGGAGAAAGUCAAGAAUGGAGAGCAAAUCCUCCAAGAGUAUGCCAACGUUGAUUCCACCGUUGCGGACUGUCUGAUGGAGGAAAAUACCCAAGUGGAGCGCCUGGGCUCGGAGCUGCAGGUCCAAGUGGAGAAACUGGUGGCGGGGCUCAUGGAGCUCACCAAGAAGGACAGACAGCACAUCAUCGAGCGUGUGCACGAAGACUGUUCCAAAGUGAGAGAGGACGUGAGCCAGACGAUGAGCAUCCAGCACUACUUGACCUCGCUGCUCGCAGAAACCGACCCCUUCGUGCUCAUCUGGGCUUUUCAGUCUGACGACACAAAGUUACUCGCUGACCUUAGCAGUCCCCUUUUCACACCAGAACCUGUCUGCUUGGACAGGAAGCACAUUUUGGAGGAGAUGGAGGGCAAGUAUCGAGAGUUUAUCACCGCCACCUUCCGCUGCCUCAGCGAGCUCAAGAGGGAGCUCCUGACAAGUCAUCUGACUCUGGACACCAACACAUCUCAUCCUCUUCUGAGCAUCUCCGAUGACCUGCGAUCGGUCACCAGGGUCAAAACACGUCUGCCCUGCGCAGCUCACCCGGAACGCUUCGACCACUGGCCGCAGGUCCUCACAGUUCAGAGUUUCUCGGCCGGGACACAUUACUGGGAGCUCGAAGCCGAAGGAUUCUGGGAUAUCGCUAUCUGCUACAGGAAUAUCGGAAGGAAGGGGAAGGAAAGAAAUGCCUUUGGUAACAACGAGUUUUCCUGGAGUUUGACCCAGCAACAUGACAGCAAACUGGCCGCUUGGCACGACGGCAAGAAAACGCGCCUGGCGUACAAAAUGACUGGCAAACGAGUUGCGGUCACUGUGGACUACGGUGCGGGCACCGUCACCUUCUCUGACGUGGGACCAUCGAACAACCUCACUCAUGUCCACACUUUCUGCACCACCUUCACGGAACCGCUGUCCUUGGGCUUCGGACUUUAUAAAUCGGAGCUCAACAGCCAUAUUUCAAUUGUCAAAGUCUGAUGUGGCCGGCCCGGUAGUUAGUGCGUCGACCACAGUGCAGAGGUACCGGGUUCGAUUCCAGCUCCGGCCUCCCAGUGAGGAGUUUGCGUGUUUUCGCGGGGUCUGCGUGGGUUUUCUCCGGGUAUUUCGGUUUUCUCCCACAUUCCAAAAACAUGCAUGGCAGGCAGAUUGAACACUCUAAAUUGUCCCAAGGUGUGAAUGUGAGCGCGGACGGUUGUGUGUCUCUGUGUGCCCUGCGAUUGGCUGGCGACCGGUUGAGGGUGUCCCUCGCCCUUGUGAGGAUAAACGAAUCGGAAAACAGACGGAUGGAAGUCUGACGUGACCGUGGGAAGGUACGGUGCAAUGUUACCCUGCUGACGGAUUGGGAAAUAGUGCAGAUGUUAUGACAAGAUGGAGGGAAACGUGCUGGAGAGUUUUUUGCGAGCCUCCCCUCAUCAGCUCUUGAACAGAAUUGAAAUUGAACGAAAUCUUCCAAAACCCCGAUUGGAUUGAUUAUUGUCAUUGUAUUGAAAGAAAAAUCACAUUGGAAGUAAUAUCAGCAAAUUCAGUCGUACGUUGCCAUCAUCAAACAUUGAUUUCUUAUACAUUAUUUUUCCCUACAUGCAUCAGUAAAAAUGAAUGACUGCAGAAUUUAAAACCCAUUACCGAACCUUUGGAGUUGGCCGAUGGUAAAAAAGGUAAAAAAAAAAAAAAGGCAAGAGCCUGCAUUGUGUAUGACUGUCUGUCAAUAAAGUAAAUCAAAGAAGAAGAAAAAAGAAAUAAAAAUGAACGCAUUGACAUCAUUACAUUUACUCUGCCACUCAAGUUUCUUCUCUUGAAACGGCUUCGAUGCUCAAUGACUUUGAUAUUUAUGAAUUUGCACUGUGGUCGUGGGUGGACGUAGCAUCGAGAAUGAGAGAGGCGGAGGUAAAGUGGGGGUGGCAGUGCGAGGUAGAGAGGGAGAACCAAAAGUGAGAGAUGAUCACAUAUCUGCCUUGGCUCAAAUCUGGUUGGUGUGCGGAAUUAUGCGAGGAACGAGGAGGAAGACUAAAUGUAUUUAUCCCUGAUUUCCCAGAGCUUGGAGUGUCGCAUACAAGAUUCUCAAAGGGAUACAGAUACUUUUCAGCUGCCUUGUCAGUUUUUUUUCUUCUUUUUUUUUUGCUGAGGAAGUCAACUUGAAGGGACCAGAGGUCGAAUUGUCAUUCUUCUGCUGAGGCCGAGUGAGACGGCGACGGGGCGAUUUGGGACUUUGAACUGACACACAAGAAACUUGAACCGCAACGAGGAAUGGACAACUCUGAACAGUGACGGGAACACCA